AUGCCAUCCACCGACUACAACUUCGAGGGCUGGCUCGGCCAUGGCCCUUCGGCGGCGGAGGGAAAGAUGGAAUGGGGCGAAUUCGAGCCCAAGCCGUGGGAGGAGACCGAUGUCGAUAUCAAGAUUACGCACUGCGGCAUCUGCGGCGGCGACCUGCACACCCUCCGGAGCGGCUGGGGAUCGACAAACUACCCUUGCUGCGUUGGCCACGAGAUCGUCGGCACCGUCAUCCGGGUCGGCUCCAAGGCCGAGGGCGGCCUCAAGGUCGGCGACCGCGUCGGCGUCGGCGCGCAGAGUGAUUCGUGCCUGGGCCGCAAGGGCGACUGCGCAGCAUGCGUUUCGGGCAUGGAGAACUACUGCGGCGUGCACAACGUGUCCACCUACAACAGCAUCCACCUGAACGGCGGCAAGUCCUACGGCGGCUUUGCUCUCUACCACCGCGCCCCGUCGCAUUUCGUCUUCAAGAUCCCCGACAGCAUCAGCUCGGCCGAGGCGGCGCCCAUGCUAUGCGCCGACAUCACGACCUACACGCCGCUCAAGCACCACGGCGCCGGACCCGGGAAGGCGGUCGGCAUCAUCGGUCUGGGCGGCCUCGGCCACUACGGCGUCAUCUGGGCAAAGGGGCUGAAGGCGGACAAGGUGGUGGUCAUCUCGCGCACGUCCGACAAGAAGGCGGACGCCUUGGAGAUGGGCGCCGACGAGUUCAUCGCCACGGCCGAGGACCCGAACUGGGCGGCGAAGCACGCCUCCACGCUCGACAUCAUCGUCUGCACCGUCUCGUCGUCUUCGAUGCCCCUGAUGGAGUACCUGACGCUCCUGCGCCUCGACGGCACGUUUGUCCAGGUCGGAGCGCCCGAGGACGGCCUCCCGCCGAUCCAGCAGUUCCCCCUCAUCUUCAAGCGGCUCAAGAUCACCGGCUCUCUGAUCGGCUCCCCCGGCGAGAUUCGCGAGAUGCUCCAGCUCGCCGCGGACCGGAAGGUGAAGGGCCGGAUCCAGGAGAUUCCGAUGAAGGACGCCAACAAGGCGAUUGUCGAGAUGGCUGCGGGCAAGCCGAGAUACCGAUACGUGCUCUUCAACGAGGGGCAGGGGAGCUCAUAG